AAACCAUACGCUGUAUUCCUAGAUACAUCAUAGUCUAGAUUCUUAUCCUUUUUUGUAAAAUAAUUUACUCUUGAUCAGCAGAUGAUGUACUCUAUUAUAAUACUUCAUAUGACCAAAUCAACAUUUCCAACUGUUGGGAUUAGAAACUUUGGGUUGUUCACAUAGUGAAGCAAGUCAAAGUGAGAGAAUCAAGAAAGUUAUACGUUGUAUUUCUAACCAUAAAAGAUACAUAAAGAUCAUCUAAACAUGGUGGUAUAUUCUUUUGGUAAACAAUGAGCUUAUCUUACUCUUGAUUAUUAUUACCCCUUCUCAAUUAUGACGGUUCUGCGUUGAAAACACCAUCCCGCCACACCCGAUUCUUUCCAUUUCUUUUCUGAGCAUCUGUUAGUAGGAGUACAAGUUUACAGCUAUUACACCAAAGUAUACCAAAUAAAUUAUUCCAACUCAAAAUCAAAUAGAAUUACUACUAUACAAAGUCACCCAUAUGCACUUCACACUCUUCCUUUUAGAAACUUGGCUCCACCAUGAGACAGCUAGAAGAAAUUAAACUUCCUCAAUCUUCAUUAUCUAUAGCUUAACCAUACUCAAUAAGCAUAACAAUCUAACUACUACUUUGUAUACGCACCAAUACACGUUAAGCUCUGAUACCAUUUUGUAACACCAGAAAAUGAUUACAGGCAAAGACAUAUAUGAUGUAUUUGCCGCGAUCAUACCACUCUACGUGGCGAUGAUCCUAGCCUAUGGUUCGGUCCGGUGGUGGAAGAUCUUCACCCCGGAUCAAUGCUCAGGGAUCAACCGUUUUGUGGCAGUUUUCGCAGUGCCUUUACUAUCCUUCCAUUUCAUAUCCAACAACAACAUCUACAAGAUGAACUAUCAUUUCAUAGCCGCAGAUUGCCUACAAAAAGUAGUCAUCCUAGUUGCCCUUUGCUUAUGGCUUAUAAUCACCAAGAAAGGAAACUUAGAGUGGAUGAUCACCCUAUUUUCACUUUCCACUUUGCCUAAUACUCUUGUGAUGGGCAUCCCUCUGUUGAAGGCUAUGUACGGAGACUUUAGUGGUAGCCUUAUGGUCCAAAUUGUGGUCUUACAAAGUAUCAUUUGGUAUACCCUUAUGCUGUUUUUAUUCGAGUAUAGAGGGGCUAAGUUGCUCAUCUCCGAGCAGUUUCCAGAGACCGCUGCGUCCAUUACUUCUUUCCGGGUCGAGUCGGACGUCGUCUCCCUCAACGGCAGGGAACCCAUACAGGCAGAUGCAGAAAUAGGGGAUGAUGGGAAACUGCACGUAGUGGUGCGACGAUCAACAGCAUCAAGCAUGGUUUCAGGCUCUCAUUACAACAAGUCUCAUCUCCACUCUCUCACCUCAAUGACACCGCGAGCUUCAAACCUCACCGGCGUAGAAAUCUACAGCAUACAGUCGUCGAGGGAGCCUACCCCUCGAGCAUCUAGCUUCAAUCAAACUGAUUUCUACGCCAUGUUUGCUAGUAAGGCGGCGAGCCCUAGGCACGCCGCCUCAGGUUUCCCCCCCGCUCAGGGUAGCGGAGGGGACGUAUUCUCACUUCAGUCAUCCAAGGGGCCUACACCAAGGACGUCUAACUUUGAUGAAGAGUUGAUCUUCAAACAACAACAACAACAACAAUCACAAGGUGGUGGGAAAAGGAGGUUUGGGAGGAGUAUGAGUGGAGAAUUGUAUAAUGGUGGUGGAGGAUCGCUUCCGCCUUAUCCGCCACCGAAUCCGAUGAUUUCGGGGACUACGAGUAUGGGUGGUGGUGGUGGUGGUGGUGGUGGAGGUGGAAGAAGGAAGGAAGGUGGUGGGAACCCUCCUACACCACCUAAUAAGGACUUGCAUAUGUUUGUUUGGAGUUCAAAUCAAUCGCCUGUUUCGGAGCACAUGAAGAAUACUAAUGCAAUGAAUAAUAAUGUUAAUAAUAGGGUAGGAGGGCCUAAUGAUUUGGGUGUUUUAGAUUCGUCUAAAGCUGUGCUUCAACAAGAGAUUGCUGCUGCUAGAGCUGGGAUGAAUAAUUUUCCAGAGAACUCGAGUCCAGGCAGAAAAAUGAGUGGAGAUAAGGUGGUGGAAGGGGAAGAAGGACUAAAAUUUCCGGCGAUCGGAUCGCCGUACCAGAAGAAGGUGGUUGAUGACAUGGAAGAAGGGAAUAUGGAGAGGAAACAUCAGAUGCCCCCUGCUAGUGUUAUGACUAGACUUAUACUCAUCAUGGUUUGGAGGAAACUUAUUCGUAACCCCAACACUUAUUCCAGCCUUAUAGGCUUAGCUUGGUCUCUUGUAUCAUUCAGAUGGAACAUCGAAAUGCCCACACUUGUGAAAGGAUCAAUAUCAAUAUUGUCCGACGCAGGCUUAGGAAUGGCCAUGUUCAGUCUAGGGUUAUUCAUGGCCUUGCAACCAAGACUAAUAGCAUGUGGAAAUAGAGUGGCUGCAUUUGCAAUGGCUGUGAGAUUUUUGACUGGCCCCGCUGUCAUUGCUGCUACUUCUAUCGCCAUUGGCCUUCGUGGAGUUCUUCUACACGUUGCUAUUGUUCAGGCUGCUCUUCCUCAAGGAAUUGUCCCUUUUGUGUUCGCAAAGGAGUAUAAUGUCCAUCCUGAUAUUCUCAGCACGGGGGUUAUAUUCGGAAUGUUGAUUGCAUUACCGAUUACAAUAUUGUACUACGUGCUUCUUGGACUCUAGUCAUAAAAAUAUAGAUACUCCAGCUCGUAUUUGGAUCAAGGCGUCAUCAAGAACACGAGAUAUAAAAAAAUCAAUUUAUGACAAUGGUAAUAUGAUUCAAUUUUCGAGGUAUAUUAGUAAAAUCAAUAGUUGAUAGAAUCAGUUUUUAAGUAACGAUUUUACCAAAUAGUGGACCAUUUUAUCUCACUUUAUACAAGUGUAAAUCUAGCGGUUAAAUUAGAAGUAGGUGUUUUUGGAAGAUAUAGAACAAUCAGUUCUAGCAGAUAAGCUAUCCCAAGCAACUCAUAUGAUCUUGUAUUGUACUGGUACUCGAAAUACAUCAUUGAUUCAUAUUCA